AUGUGCGUGGUGUUUGUAGAUUUUGUUCAAGACUCGAGUGACACAGAGUUGGGAAGUGAUGAUGACAAAGAUUUGGAGUAUGAGCCGGUCACAGAGUCUGAGGAGGAGGCACCUAUAUCCGCCGACUCAUCGGGCCAAACUGAUAACGAGGUGAGGGGCGGGUUGGUGGGUGCGGGGGGCGCGGGCGACUCGUCGUCGCCCGAUGAGCUGCAGCUGGCGGACUCUGAGGCGGGCUCGUACGUGUCCGACAGCGAGCUGGACCUGCCCGCCUACUGGACCUGCGCGCGCUGCCACACCGCCAACGAUAACACCAGAUACAGAUACUGUCACAAGUGUUUUAAGACGAGAAAAAACUUUUUCCCUCCGAGGCCGAGGCGGAAAGACAAACGAUUAGCUUCCAAUCAGGAGGGUUCGCAAACGUUAUCACAGGACUCCGGGGUAGAGUCGCAUUUCAGCCAGGAGACUAAACUGAGCCAGGACUUAGACGCCGAGUCUAGCGUCUGCCGGGACAACAAAAUCUGCCAGCAGUCAGAGGUCGGCCCCUCCCGGGGACCGGAGCGAGCGUUAGGUAAGGAUGGGAAAAGACGCGCCGAUUCCGCCGAGCGUACAUUUAAAAAGCCGAGACUCGAGUCCGAAUCCGAUGUCGAAGGUAAAAACGAUCGCGUCGAAGUGGCACCCGUAGUGAAGACGGUGAGCGAUCCGUCCAUCACUAUAGAGUCUUUGGAAGCGUACAAAGGUUACAAAACGGAUUCCAAAGAUAUGUGUAUUAUAUGUUUGUCGGAGCCGAAAACCGGUGUUUUCGUCCACCGUCGAGUGGCCCACAUAUGCUGCUGCUACAAAUGCUCUGUCAAAGUAUGGUCGAAAGCGAAAAGGUGUCCUAUAUGCAAUUGCAAAGUGAGUAACGUUCUGAAAGCGGUAGUUAUGUGAGGUUUGUUCUAUGUGUAUGAGUGAUGUGUAUUAGUUUUGUGUUCUGUAUGACCGGUCGAACUAGGUGAGCGACGAGUGACGUAUAAUCGCGACACUGUGCGAUACGCUGCGAUGCGAUUUGUUACUAUACUAAGAGUUGGUUAACGCUUUCUCGAUAGGGACACUGAUGAUCUAAAAGUAGGUAGUUAUACUUUUUUCUAGACAUAAUGUAACCCUAUAGUUGUCAAAAGAUUAUAUUGUUUUUCAAAUACCUAACCCGUUAUGUUUCUUAAAGAAUUC